GAGUCAGUUAUAACCAUUGGCAGUUUGCCGACACUUGUCCGUUCGUUCCCGCAACGGAAACAACCUAUACUAUCAGUGGUCAAUUUAAAUAUUAUUAUUAAUUGUCUUUAGCGUGUACCAGAACAAUAAUUGUGUUUAAAUAAUAUUCACCUGAAGAGAGAAAAAUCACAAAUAUGAAAUUAACUGCAUCGAUAUCGUUAUGUUUAAUCGCCCUGUUUGGAUCGAGUGCUGGUCUAAAAUGCUACACUUGUGGCUGGUGGAGCAAAAGUUGUGGUGAUCCAUUCAUGAAGGAUGAUUAUCUUUUAGUUGAAUGCAAUACUAGAGCGAUUAAUGAUUUCAACCACGAACUAGGAAACACCCUAAAUACGGCCAGUAAUGCUUUACAAAAUUUCGCAAAUCAGGUGGGUUUCAACAUCAAUCAAAACAACAAUUUCAAUUUGCCUACCAUUAGUGAAGAUUCAGUUGGAUGCACUAAAGUAGUACUUACACACGGAGAAGAUAUUGUACGAGUGGCUCGAGGAUGCGUUUAUAACAAAGCAGACUUGUGCAAGGGAAUGCAAAGACUUGACGACGAGCUGAAAACCCUCAAAUACUGUGGUUCGUGCGACGACGACGGAUGUAACGGUUCUAGGUCGUUGAAGUCUUCGGCGGUCGCGAUAAUUCUGACCACGAUGGCCACGUGCCUGUUCUACAGGCUACAGCACUAAUAUCGUAAUAGAAACCCAAACGCAAUACUGUUUUCACAAAAGUUGAAAAGUGUACCUGAAACUAUGUUUUGUUAUUGUUCCGAACUGUUAUAGCAUAUUCAACCACAUAAUAUUAUAAAUUAUAAUACGUAUGCAUACGUGCGGAAAUGUUUUCUUUACUUUUUACGCGCUGUAUUAUUAUUCUAAAGAAUAUGUUUACAUUUAUUAUUUUAACGUAACGCAUAUCAUUAUUGAGUGUUUUUGUUUUUUACGUCAACUGUGUAUAAAUUAUUUAUAUUGGUACAGGAUUUCAUUUUUUCUAAAUGUUGAUACACUCAAUAUUUUAUGUUGUAUUAUAAAUAGUUAUAUAAGUAAUAACUAAUAGUUAUAGUUGUAGUUAUAGCCUUGCAUGUAUGUAAGCGGUAUACCGAAUAAAUUACGAUUAUAUAAAAUUAUACUACUGCACAAGCUAAAUUGUUUAGUCUGUUUAUAAAUGACAUUCAAAUAUAAAGUGAUAAAUAAGAAAUUAG